GACACAAAUCUAAUUUAAUCGAGAUGAAAAAUAAAAUUCCACUUGAUACACCUUCUUCUUCAAAUUACAUAUCUCAGCCCUUUGUUGAAGAAAAUAUCUCGUGUGCUUAAUCAGAAAAAACAUACAAGUGCAGGUACCAAAAUGACUGUUGCAACUACCCUUGUAAAUGUACCAAUACUAGUUUCUCAGCUUCAAUUUCGCGGACUCAAUAGAUUUUCCACUUUCAAAUUGGAUAUCUGUGGAAAAUUCAAGUUCAAAAAAUCCAUCUCGCAUUGUACACUAAUUCCCCCUAAAAUGGUGGAUUCCGUCGAGAAUCGAGCUGCUGCUGCCGGCGAUGAAGGAGUCAGUUGUGGAGGUUUAGAGCAAGAAGCUCUUAUUGAUGGAUCCAUGAAUUUUUCUUCUGAUGGAGUUAAAGCUAUUCUCAACAGCCUGAGUAAGUGGCUGAUGGCUGCAGUUUUCGGUAUUAUCUUGCUCUGGAGGCAUGAUAUGGAAGUACUAUGGGCUACUUCAGGUGGAGUUGUCAAUGCCUGUCUUUCAACUGCACUGAAAGGGAUACUUAACCAUGAACGCCCCGUUUCAACAUUAAGAUCAGAUCCUGGGAUGCCUUCUUCACAUGCGCAGUCCAUCUUCUACACAGUCGCAUUUUGUAUCAUCUUAGUGAUUAAAUUUUUCGGGUUCAAUGAAAUAACUGCAGUCACUAGUGCGCUUAUCUUUGCAAUGGGCUCAUACUUUUCAUGGCUACGAGUUUCACAACGAUUUCACACGUUAAACCAAGUAGCAGUGGGUGCAAUACUAGGAUUCUGUUUUUCUAUUUUCUGGUUCUGGCUGUGGGAUGCCAUAGUCAUGAAGGCAUUUAUAAACCACUUUUGGGUUCGGAUUGUGGCUGUUGUUGGUGCUGUUGGUUUUUGUGUCGGUUUUCUCCUAUAUGUGAUUCGAAAUUGGGUUAUUGAAGACCUACAUUGAUUCAAUAUAGUGUGUGUACAGAUUAUUCGUAUAGCAAUUGAAAUAAUAUUGGUAUACAAAUAAAACAAUUUCUU